CAGUGCGCCGCGGUUCAGCCUAAUAGAAUGUUGUCACUGGCUCUCUAGACUAGGAUAUAAUAGUUUUCUCUUAUUGGUCGGCUCCCAACAUCGCCGCCGGGAGAGUGUAUAAAAUGCAUCAUAGUCGCUCAAGAAGCGCAAGUCCAUCUCUGGUCUCUGGGGUGCAGAGCAGCCAGCCACAGCCAGCCAGCCAGCCAGCCAGCCAGCCUAGUUCUGCAAACAGUGUGAGAUCCAGAGGAGGCGGGAGAAAACACCUGUUGCGGAAGAAUCAAGUCGACAAAAGCAGCCUCCACGUCUUCAACAGAGAAACACCCCCGUAUCUCACUUGCUGAAGCCCAGUGGGACCAUGUGGGUUCUGGACAAGAUCCGUGGGUCGGUAGAAACCACUGUACUCCGGAGGGGGGAGAAUGGGGACAAGGAGGGCAAUACUCCAGCCUACAGCAAUGUUCUCACCCCUGAUAAGAUCCCUGACUUCUUUAUUCCCCCCAAGCUGGUCUCCUGUCCCCCAGAGCCUGAGACCCUGGACGUCGUCAAGCCCAAGGAAGGCCUUUGGCUCUCGGCCUCUGAGCAGACCAUUGGCAGUAAGAAAAUCAGCAGUCCUCAAAGUCCUCGUCUGGUCGUCAAGCUGGCUGGGGACACCAAGAACCUGCUGAGGGCAGCAAACCGUCACAUCAUCCAGAUAGAGACCGCUGAUGAUGUGGUGGCAGGGGACACCAAUGCUGACCCUCAGUCUCAGACUGCUAUGUCACUGCCCUACGUCCCCAAGACCCAGACCUCCUAUGGUUUUGCCACUCUGAUGGAGAGCCCCCACACCCGCCGCAAGGAGUCGCUGUUCCACUGUGACCAGACCAGCCCUCUGACCUCCCCCAACUGCCAGCGGAAGGGGAAGAGCAGCGUCAGCGAGGGCAACCACCUCAACCCCGCCUCUCACAACCCGUACCGCUACUUUAGUGGAGGGGAGAGUGACACCUGUUCCUCGGCUGAGUCCUCUCCCUUCAGCUCCCCGCUGCUCUCCCGCUCUGCCUCGCUGCUCAAGAUCUUCACACAUGAGACGCAGGCCAAGGUGGUGAAGGCCAAGAGCAAGUUUGCCCGCCACAGCUCCUUAUCCACAGACGAGUGCAGCUCGGCCGAGCCCAGUCCCAACGUGCCGCGGCGUCUCCACUCCCCUUCCCUCCACGGCAGUGGGCCGUCGGACCGUGAGCACACCAUUAACCUGCAGAAUGGCGGCAGGGUGAGGCUAAGCGCCGACUACGAUGCCGGCACAGCCCGCCUGCGCAUCCGUGUUCUGGCUGCCGAAGAGCUAUAUGACAAGGUGUACGACAUCAAGAGCAUCAACUGCUGCGUGUCGCUGUACCUGAACCCUGGCAAGCUGCAGAAACAGAGGAGCACUAUCAUCAAGAACAGCCGGAAUCCUGUGUUCAAUGAGGACUUCUUCUUUGACUCUGUGACCUCAGUGCAGGUGAAGAACCUGGCAGUGAAGAUCAAGGUGGUGAAUAAGGGCACCAGCCUGAAGAGAGACUUUCUGCUCGGGGAGAGAGAGAUCCCUCUGGAGAAGCUGAUCCAUGACCUCUAGAUUUGUUCUGGAGAUACAGAACAGAACUUUGACUGACACUGAAUGAGACUAUGAAUGAUAAAGUGCAUGCAUGGAAGAGAUAUAAUUGGGAUUGAUGUUUCCUUGGUGCCCCACAGAGAACUGUCUGAAAGGUCUAGCAGCUCGUCUCUUAGAUGGUCACCUCCUCAACCUUCUGUUCCCUGAGCCUGCAGCCCUGCACAGCCCAACCUCCAGAUCAUGUGGUGGACAAUCAAAUAUGGCACAGGUCAAAAGACACCCGCACAUUUGAUUGACUCACUUUUUGUACUCUCUUGAUCUCAACGUUUUAUGUUGCAUAGUUGUAACUUAAUGUGACUCAUCCUCAGACGAUUCAGUGUUUAUUCAGUUCAGCACUACAACACCUUUAUGUAUCAGUGGGUCUACUAUAUCCUGAUUGUUGUUGCCAUCUACAGUACCACCUGGAGGGAGGGCCAAUCUGUGAUGUGACCACAAUGUCCCAAACCUGGAGGAUAGAGAUCAGACAUUCCCGUAUGCAUUCUCAUCCGCUUGGCAUGAAUAUGUAAAUGCAGUUAUACAUUAGCAGUUUGUACUUCAGUUUCAUAACACUCACAAACCAUAGAGAGAGAGAGAGAGAGAGAAUGCAUGUCAUUUUAAAGAGCGUUUACCAAGUGGUUGAACUUGAUUUUAUACAUAAAUGUGAUAUUUGUGUGAGACAUCUGACUCAGUAUGGUGUAUGUGUGAAUUUGUUAUCAAGAUACAAUAUUAUGACUUGUUUGUUAAUUGUUUGUUUGUUAACUGCUCUCUGCUGGAGAGUGAAUGAUUGGCAGCCCCCCUGUGUAGACAAGCCACCAGGUGAGUAGACUGAGAAAGGCAAUUUUUUUUUACAAUAACACAACAAUAUUUGACAUGAAGGAUAGUCUUCUAUUCUCUGCAUGUGCUCUGCUGUCCUUUAAAAUGAAUUAGAAUAAAUGUGGUCUGAUUGCAAUUUCAAGUAGGAGACAGAGGUUGUUUCUGAAGAUGGUUGAAGGGUCAACACACCGAUCAGUCGUUGAGAUAUGUAGUCAUCUAACCAUGUCAGACAUGACUGAUUACAGUAUGUAGCCAGUGUUUUUGUGGGUUACAUUCCUGUUAUGUUCAAACCUCGACUAUACAAAAGAGCUCUCCACAAAACCAUUGCUUUUCUCCAAGCUUAUACUUUAUAUAACUCUUGUUGCUGUAUGUGUGAUCAUUUUGUUAUUGUGAAAAAUCUGUAUGAUACUAUAAAAUAAUCUAUUUGUGGGUGUUUAUGCUAUCUA